AUCACUGGCGCGAGGGAGCGAAAGAAAGAGAAAGAGAGAAAGAGAGAGAGAGAGAGAGAGAGAGACACGGAACUGCGCUGGAUUGUUUACACUUUUCUUUUCCUUCGCCUUUCCGGACAGGUGUGAAUGUGUUUGUUGAAGAUUUUCGGUAUAAAGUGGAUGUGCGGAUUGCGGACACACCUGUACCGACUCCUGUACCGACACCUGUAGUGACACCUGUACCGACACCUGUAGGAGCCCCAUGACACCUGUUUGUUCCGGCGCGAGCAGGUGGACGGCAUCCAUGUUGGGACUGUAACAUAUUAGUGACAUUGAUUUCUUUUAGAUUCUUAAGUUUUUAUUGUGAGAAUGAAAGUGACUGUGCACUUUGGGAACACUGGAGUCGUGGUGCCGUGUAAAGACGGCUGGAUUGUGCGGGACCUCAUAGACCAAGCCACACAACGGUACAGAAAAAUAGUCGAACAGGAUGGGGAGUUUCUGGUGCGUACACAUCAUGUGGAGUAUGCAGACGGGGGGAUUCUGGACCCCGACGACAUGCUCAAGGAACUGCUCGAGGACAAGGACAAGCUGAUAGCAGUGUACGAGGAGAGAGAACUUCAGUCGAGGACACCAGUCAGUCCGGGGGGAAGUGUGGCGUCUGGAUACUCCAGUCCCUACGCCUCGGAGCCUGAGCUGGGGGUCCUGCGUCCCAACGUGGGCACUGAGAUAGAGGUCACGUCCAGAACCCUCAAGUCAAACACGCCUCUGAUGGUCAGGAGCAGCAGUGAACUGGUGCUGUCACGCUCGCUGGACAUCGGCAGUCGCGACACCGACAAUAACCACAGACCGACGACGACGGGAGCAGGCCAGGUGCUCACAGUGAAGGGUGUAUCCAGUGUAUCCAUGGACAUACCAGACGACGACAUGAUGAACAGGAGGAUCAAUAACAACAACAGCAGCAGCAGGCUCACUAGAACAGUGGAAAUUUCUGGAGACAUGGGACCUCUAGGAAUUAAAGUUGUACCUUAUCUUUCUUCACUGAGUGGACGGCCGCUGGGCCUCCACGUUAAAGGCAUUGAGGAGAACAGUCGCACGAAGAGAGAGGGCAUCUUUGAGGAGGACGAGUGCAUCGUACAGAUCAACGGCACCGAGCUCAUAGACAAGUCUUUUGCUCAGUCUCAGGAGAUGUUUCGUCAGGGCAUGUCGUCCCCCGUGGUGAAGCUGGAGGUCGUCCCCGUGUCUAACAAGCUCCAGUAUGAGAAGAGUCUCAUCAGCCAGAUAUUCAGCAGCAGUGACGUCGCUCACACCUUUACACCCAAACCGAAGAGUCCCUUCCUGCUUCGGAAAGCAGACGUCGUUAAACCCACUGACCCCGCCCCUUUCUCGUCCUCUCUGACUCCGCCUACGAGAGAGGAGCCGGCCAUGAGACGCAGCCCCGUCGUAGUGGAGCGUCGUGAACAGACCCCGUCUCCUUCCAUCAGUGCCUCACCCACACCCAGGUCUGGCAGCGAAAGCCCCGCCUUUACAGUAAACCCCGCCCACAUAGCGUUAGCCAACGCUAAUAAGAAAGCUGGCAGGAGGAUUGUCAAUUUAACAAAAGGUCCGGACGGUCUGGGCUUCACCGUGGUGACCAGGGACUCGGCCGUUCACGGGCCUGGACCCAUCCUGGUGAAGAGCAUCCUGCCCCGUGGGGCUGCCGUGAGAGACGGACGCCUGCAAUCUGGGGACCGAAUCCUCGAGGUAAACGGAGUGGACAUCAGUGGAUACAGACAGGAGGAACUGGUAGCAAUGUUACGCAGCACCAAGCAGGGAGAGACUGUCUCACUGUUAGUGAGCAAACAAGACGAAGCUGUCUUACCUCGGGAACUGAAAGGAGAUCCGUUUGGUCAGACCCUGUCUCAGGAAGGCCGAGAGCAACUGGUCUAUGAGAUUCCUGUAAACGACUCGGGGUCAGCCGGACUCGGACUCAGUCUGAAGGGCAACAAAUCCAGAGAGACGGGUGAGGACCUGGGCAUCUUCAUCAAGUCCAUCAUUCACGGAGGGGCCGCAUUCAAGGAUGGGCGCCUGCAGGUGAACGACCAGCUCGCGGCCGUCAACGGCGAAUCUCUUCUUGGCCGAUCCAACAACGAUGCCAUGGAGACCCUGAGACGCUCUAUGUCCAUGGAAGGGAACCAGAGAGAAACCAUCCAGUUAGUUGUCUUCCGAGCCAUGGAGCAAUCCCCUGCCCAGGAGAGACGACGAGAUGAAGGUCAGCGCAGAGAGAAUCCCACAGCUCAGUACACCCACAAUAAACCAAGCAACGGUGUGGCUCCCAUGGUCAUCAACAGCAUCUAUGCCCGUGCUCCAGGUCCCGUAGCAGCCUCUAACGACAGACCCGGGGUGUAUUAUGACGCCUCUGACGAAGAUGACUUCGCUUCUCAUCCUUCUGAUAUAGAGUCAGACUUUACCCCACAGCCGAGAUACCCAAUAAACAGAGUGGAACGUGAACCGGUCUCCAACACGGGACCCCCGAAAUAUCAACUACAACACACACAUCACCCUACACCAAAGACAUCCAAGAGUAUGGACCUGGUGGCAGAUGAGGGCAACAUUGGUGGCAGUCAACCGCAGAGACUUGCAUCCAUGUCAUCUCUGGGGCCGACGUUGGGACUACAAAAGUCUAGCUCUCUGGAGAGUUUGCAGACAGCCAUGGAGGAAGCUAGUAAGGGCAGCGUUCCCUUCCACCGGCCUGCUGGUCCUAUGGUACGUGGCCGUGGUUGCAACAUGAGCUUCCGGCAGGCCAUCGACAAGUCCUACGAUGGCCCCUCGGAGCCUGAGGACGAUUACUCUGAGGACAGCUCGGACAGGGACACACCUGCCAGCAGUUCCUCACGCCAAGAACUGGAGGAUGGAGGUAAAGACAAAAAGAAGACCAAAAAGAAGAAGGACAAGAAGACCAAGACCAAGAAGAAAGAUGAUGCCGAUGACCCAGAUAAGAAGACUAAGAAGAAGGGUUUUGGACUCUUGAGAUUCGGCAAAAAGAACAAAAGCAAAGGAAAGUUGGGAUCGCUGAGUGAAGAGGAGCUCAAUAAGAGCGAGUCGGAAAUGCUAACGGAGGCGAACGUGUCGGCACGCGCUCAGGCCCUCGACGUAGAAGACGACGACUUCGACCCGAACUACGCCCGCAUCACUAACUUCAGAGAUCCGCCUCCUUCUAGCCACGCCUCCUAUCCGAACCGCAUGCCCGCUCCUCAUUAUGUUCCGCCCACAUCCCCCGCCUACAACGUACCUCAGACCAGCGAGGAUCCGCGGGAAGGACUGUACGCCAAAGUCAACAAGGUGAAGCCCUCGCCGCAGCCCGCGGCCGACAGUAAUGAAGCUCGUCUGCAGCAGAUCCGGAGUCAGCUGCAGCAUCUGAAACCUUCUCCAUCGUACGCCGAGUCAGGAGCAGGACACCGAGUGCAGGAGUACGACCCGUCACGGAUAAGAGGCCCCGAUCCUCGCAUGGCUCCGAGAUAUGAAGAUAUCGAUCGACCAUACACAUCUGCACCCAGGCAAACGAUUGUGGAAGGCCACAGAGAGGCGGACCGCUACCUGAACGCUAGUCCCACCUACAAAGCGAACCCGACCCCCCAGCCAGGCACAAACCGUGUUCCUGCAGGCCGCUCCGGACCGUUCCGAUACGACCUGCCCCCGUCCGCUACCCCGGGCCAGCAGGGGGCUCCGAGCUACGAAGCUGCCAUCAAAGCCGGCAGUCGCGCAGCUGCUCCCAAUCAAUACGGCAAAUAUGAGGACGGACAGUACCCGAACCAUCGGACCAAGAACCCAGCCAUCGGAGCGGUGUAGGUUAACAUCGGCUGAUCUGCAAGGAGGACAUUGUAAAGCUCUUCUUAAGGAUCCUAGUCUGCAAGGAAAUCCAUGUCCAAGCUUCUCAUGUCCAAAAUCUGUCACAGCGUUCAACUGGACUGGCUUCUUCACUUCACCCCAACACUUCUGCUCCAUGCUUCUCUCCUACAUGGUGCUCUUAAAGGGUUCCCCAGAGCGAGGAACCUUCGUCCUAGCAUAAUCUCCUCGCUGGAUUGAGUAGCCCGUGAUACCUGUUCUGGAGCAGGGUCAGAUAACUUUAAACUGUCCGGCAUCUCAUUCAGUCGUCAUCUUCAGUUCAUCCAUACUUUAGUUUAUCAAGUUUAACAUUUAGACACACACUGUAGCUAAAGAACCUGUAAACCAAGAUAGGAAGGUGUGAGGUUUCCAGACUUAACCUUAGUGUUGAACAGGUUCUGCUCCAGGUUCUUGUCUUCUACACUUUAAAAGGAACAUUUUAUCUGCUCGAAUAAACGACUUCAGGAUCCGAGACGUACUGUAGAGAAAAAGACGGAGAUCUCGAGUGUCGAUACCGUCGAUAGUUUUCCACGUUGUAUAUUUCUAUAUUUCUUUCCACUUGUUGUGUUCCUGAGAGGUUCUCGGGUGGGUUUCCUUCAGAACCUCAGAUCUGUCUGGUGUAUGAUGGCUAACGCUCUCACUCUUCUUUCUCUCCGAAUUAACCUCAGCAGAACCAGAUGAAAAGGAACCAGGAAGUGUUUCAGACUUCGGCUUCCAAACUUCCGUCUCUCUGUUUAGUUUAUUGCUUUUUUUUUUAACGUAGCUGUGUGUGAGGCUGUACAUCUCAUUGUUUUACUUCCCUUUAAUGAAGGAGUGCCAACCGAGAAAUAAAUAGUGUGAGAAUGCCGUCGGAUUUUUGGUAUGAUUUUAUUUUGUGUAUUUAUGGUGAUUUGGAUCCUGUGACUUUACUUUGUGUGUGUUUUUUUUUUUUCUUCCCCCAACUGUGGAGAAUUUUGCACAUUUUAAAAAAAAAAAAAAAAACACUACUCCUUCCAGAGUAUCACUUAAUCACUAUUGUUUUUUUUUGUAUAAAAAUUCCAAACGCUCCCAUUUCGCCUCUUCCUCGCCACGUCGCAUGUAAACGAAGUGUAAAAUUUUUUAAAUGAAAAUCUACCCGAAACAGAAGGUACUGUGUGUCCUACUGUUCUUUCUGUGUGUAUAUAUAUGACGUUUUAUUUUUAAAGAAAGGACAAAUAUGAAGCUAGGAUGUGUGUGUGUGUGUGUGUGUGUGUGUGUGUGUGUGUGUGUGUGUGUGUGUUUCAUCCAGAAGAAUAAGAGCAUUGUGUGUUUAAUAUAUUGACAAAUGGCCGUGAUGGCCUUGCGUCGGUGAUGAUUCAGUUGAUUCUUUAUUACUGCCUGAAGUUCCUCAUGUUUUACAUUAAAAAUAAACUCAUCCUUCAUUAA